CUCACAGAGAUCCGCCUGUUCCUGCCUCCCUAGUGCUGGGAUUAAAGGCGUGUACCAGCAUCGCCGGGCUGCCCAGCACUUUUCUAAUGGGCAGAUAGGUCCAUGCCCUGCAUGAGAAGACCUGAGAGCAGUCCUGGAACCCACAGUCUCUCCACCUGACCUUGUUUGAGAACCUUCUUCCUAGCCUCCUUGUCGGUCACCAGGGGUUCAGGUGGCCGCUUGACGUCCUCGGCGAAGGGGUUCGGGGAGUUUCCGCUGAAGAGACCCACGUAAACCCUGCGGAGACCCGCCAGCAGCAGCACUGCCAGCAGCAGCACGGCCAACAGCAGCACGGUGAGCCACAUAUUGCUGCCAGGGCAGGGAAGAACGCGUCCUUUCAGUCUGAGCUCGACUUUUAUGACUGAAGCUCCGCCCCAAUAGUUUGUCGUUAGAGAAAUACCUAGCUAAGCAUGAAUGAAGAACUUUGACCAACGCCGGAGGCGCACAGCUGAUGAAGCUUGUCUUCCUGGCUCUUUCUACGACGUUUGCGACGUGGGAUUUGCAUUCCCUCCUGGGAAAUGUAGUUCUAGCCGGAGACAAGCGCUGCUGAACUACUGUAUGAUAUGGCUCCGCAGGGGAUGUGGGAUACUGGAACGCUGGGUACGCGUUCGGCCCCAGCAGCGCUCCAGUCGACCAUGUAAAGCAGGGCAUGCCUCUGUGAUGCUUGGUUUGUUUCCCACACAGUGAGAGGAAAGCCUUCCUGAGCCUGCCCAGCAAACCUACCUGUGCCCCUACCAGCAAUGUUUCUAAGGAUGUUUACCCCUAAGCCAUUGAGUUAUGGUGAUGAGCUUCCUGCUAUUGCUGGUUUGGCCUCCCCUGCUGAGGGCUAUAUAUACUUGUGAGAAUGUGGAAUAAACGGCUUGUCUGCAGAACCUGAAGUGUGUUGCAUGUUAAUCCCGACGUCCCUCGCUCAGAAGAACGACAGUUGCCGUGCUGGUGUGGCAAAGUGGAGGUUCCACCGAGAUCUGAGAAAGAAGAGGUAGCGGACGUGGUUGUCCUAGGCCGGUAAGGACGGAUUGGGGUAAAAUGGGAUCCACAAGCAGUAAGAGAGACCUGAUAUGUCAGAUAGCUAAAUUGUUAGAGAAAAAAGGAACCGCGGUCAAAGAGAGAACUAUAUAAGAUUUUUUAAAGGAUAUAGCCACAGCAAGCCCAUGGUUUUUGACAGGUGGAGGUUUGAACAUCUCAGAUUGAAAACAGGUAAAAACGGGUUUGCAGAAAUGGCUGCAAAAGGAGGGUGCUGAUAGCAUCCCUAUAUCUAACUAUGGUGCCUGGUUUGCAAUGCCCUACUUACUGACGAAGUGAAAGUGAGACCGGAGGUCAUCACGGUUAAAGAGAUACUUGAAGAAAUACAGGAGGAGGAGACUCGCCAGUCCAUAGGAUCGGCAGAGUCACAUAGGGACCAAAAAGAAAUGUCAGAGGUACCAGGGGGAACUUUGGAAUCUGGUGCAGGACUAAGGCUAGCGCCAAAGUCUGCCCGCUUUUGGGCGCAAAACCAGAUAGCAAUAACCUCCAAGUCAAAAAAUGUGGAAGACAGCCUCAGCUCUAGUGCAGAGAAUAGUUUAUCUGACGAGGAAGCACAGCUAACACAGGAAAUUAAGGUGCUUCAGAAAAGGCUGAAGCGCUGUAAGGUGAAGGAUUCCUUAUGUGUGCCAUCAGCCCCACUUGCUUUUAAUGAGGAUUGGGGAAGGAGGGAGUCCUGUUGGGGACUGACAGAUGACAGGGAGGCCCAAGAGGGCUCAGGAAGAAGAGGAGGUAUCUGUUUUCUGCUCCGGCACACAGGUGCUCCGGUUAUAGAGGUACCUGAUCCUAACAAUCCAGGACAGGUGCUGAGACAACAUGUGGCCUUGAGCUUUAAGGAGAUGAAGCAAUUGAAAGAGGCCAUGGCAGUAUACGGCUCUCAGACCCUGUUUACUCUUGCCAUGGUAGAGUCUUUUGUGGCAUUGAAUCUUACACCUAGCGAUUGGCAGCAGCUAUGCCGUGCGGUAUUAUCAGGAGGAGAUUACUUACUGUGGAGGGGAGAAUAUCAAGAAAAUUGCUUACAAACGGCUAGGUUAAAUGCACAAGUGGGACAGGCACAGCGCAAUCUAGACAUGCUAACUGGAGCAGGAGCUUAUGCUGACUUGGUCAAUCAAAUUGUGCUCGAUCCUGCCGUAUAUCUCCAGAUGGCGACUGCAGCUACCAAAGCUUGGAAAGCCCUGCCAAACAAGGCUGUGGGGGAUCAGCUGUCAAAAGUUUUACAAGGGCCUUCAGAACCUGUAGAAGGAAGCAAACCACUUCAGGACUAUGUGGAUAGGAUACUGCAGUUGGCAGGGAGAUUAUUUGGUGAUGUGACCACAGCUAUGCUCAUAGUUAGGCAGCUGGUGUUUGAGAAUUCAGAUAAAUACUGUAAGGAAGCCUUGCGGCCACAUAAGGCAAAAAGCGUAAAUGAAUACAUCCAGAUCUUCUGGGAUAUUGACGGGUACUUCAUUCAGGGCCAGGUGAUUGCCGCUGCCAUCAGGCCUGGGCGAGGAUCCCGGACAACUGGGGAUAAAACCUGCUUUAACUGUGGUGCCUUUGGACAUUUUAAAAAGGAAUGUCCACAACUCACUCGGGGAACUACUGCCAGACCAGGAAAGUGCCCACGAUGUAAAAGGGGGGCCCAUUGGGCAAAUAAUUGCAGAUCUAAGACAGAUAUAGAUGGAAGGCUUCUGCCCGUCCAAGGCCAACAGCAGGGAAACUGGUGGAGGGUCCCGCUCCAGGGCCCCAGAACCUCAGUGUAUGGAGCAAUGACACCAGGAGUCAGGGGAUCCCACCCCGGCAGUGGCCAUAUGCAGUUUGUUCCACAGGGCAAUCCUUUUGCGUUGCAGACCUUGCCCACGCCACCCCAGGAAGUGCAGGACUGGACCUCAGUACCUCCGCCCGAGCAGUCUUGA